AUGGUUUUGGAGCGCGAAGAUAACAAUCAACGCCGAAUUGCCGAGCAACAGCGGCUCCUCGAACAGCAGCAGCAGCUCGCCGAACAACAACAGCUCGCUGAACAGCAGCGACUCGCCGAACAGCAUCGGCUCGACAACCAACGCCUCGAACAACAGCUCGCUGAUCUUCAAGCGCAACUUGCGCUUCGUCAAAACGAGCUUGCCAAUGCUCCUGUGCCUCCAGCCGCCGCAGCUGUCCAACCUGCAAUUCAUCGGGUAGCUGUCAAAUUGCCAGCCUUCUGGUCAGACCGACCAAGCCUCUGGUUCGCCCAGGCAGACUCUCAAUUUGUCCUCUCGGACAUUACAAGCGAGGUGACAAAAUUUCAUUAUGUCGUUUCCCAACUGGACGCGCGCAUCGCCUUAGAAGUAGAGGACAUCAUCACAAGUCCACCGGCAGUAACGCCGUAUACUUUUCUGCGCACUAAAUUAAUUGAGCGUUUGUCUGCAUCAGAAGAGCAACGUGUUCGACAGCUCAUCAGCGAGGAGGAGCUCGGUGACCGCAAGCCAUCUCAAUUCCUGCGGCAUCUACGCUCACUAGCUGGAAACACCAUCGUCCAAGAUAACCUCCUACGGCAGCUUUGGCUACAACGACUACCAUCACACGUCCGUGCUAUCCUCGCAAGCCAAGCUGAACUCGCAUUGGAUAAACUUGCCGAUCUCGCUGAUAAGAUUGUCGAAGUCUCACCCGGUACACCAUCACUGUCCGUUCACGCAGCAUCUACCAUGAGAAAUUCUGAGGAUCCUCUUCUACGAGCAAUUAAGGAGCUUCAGGAGAAAGUAGUUGAGCUUUCUUCUCGUUCUCGGUCUUUCUCUCACGAUCGUUCUCGCGAUCGUUCUUUGAAAAACUCGACUCACAGAAACAAAUCAUCUUCUCGUGAUAGCAGUAAGAACUCGGACAAAUCAUGGUGUUGGUAUCAUGCUAGAUAUCGAGGCAAAGCCAAGAGAUGCAAUUCACCUUGUAAAUAUCCGGAAAACUCCUCGAGCAACUUGUGCUGUUUCCCUCAUCGCCUUCUGCCAAAACGCCGCCCUCCCACUACUUUCAACUUGCAAGCUGCGAAUGGAAGUUGCAUCAAAACAUAUGGCUUUCUAACCUUGAACCUGAACUUCGGACUUCGACGUGAAUUUUUGUGGAGACUCGUAAUCGCCGACGUCGACGUUCCGAUCAUCGGAUCAGAUUUCUUAGCACACUACAAUCUUCUGCCAGACUGCAAGUACAAGGCAAUUGUGGAUGGUAUCACUGGACUCCGAGCUCAAGGUUUAUCGAAAGCUUCACAACAGAGCAGCGUUACGGCUAUAAAUACGACUUCCUCGAAUUACUCAGAUCUUCUCUCGGAAUUCCAAGCUAUCACUCGGCCUUCUGGUUUUCCUCGUGAGAUCAAGCAUGAAACUGUCCAUCAUAUCCGUACGACUCCUGGCCCUCCAAUCAUGAGCAGAGCGCGUCGUUUGGCUCCAGAUAAAUUAAAAAUUGCACAAUCUGAAUUUGACGAUAUGUUACGUGCAGGUACCGCUCGUCCUUCGGAAAGCUCUUGGUCUUCCCCACUACAUUUGGCCCCGAAAGGUGCGACAGGUUGGCGUCCGUGCGGAGAUUUUCGAGCUUUAAACGCUCGAACUAUACCGGAUCGUUAUCCUGUUCGUCAUAUUCACGAUGCUACUUCAUUUAUCGACGGAUGCUCGAUCUUUUCAAAAAUUGAUCUCGUGAAGGCAUAUCAACAGAUUCCUGUAGCUGAGGAGGACAUAUGCAAAACAGCAAUCAUCACGCCUUUCGGACUUUUCGAAUUUCCAUUCAUGACGUUUGGACUUCGAAAUGCCGGUCAAACAUUUCAACGAUUCAUGGACGAAGUUUUACGUGGAUUAGACUUCUGUUUUGUGUAUAUGGACGAUAUCCUUAUAUACUCUCGCUCCGAGUCUGAACACAGAAACCACCUCAAAAUUAUUUUCGAGCGUAUUCAAAAUUACGGGCUCGUCAUCAACGUUCAGAAAUCUGUUUUCGGUGUUGCAGAGGUAACUUUUAUCGGAUACUUGAUUUCUGCUAAAGGCAUUCAAGCACCUCCAGAACGCGUCAAGGCCAUUCGAGAUUAUUCUUUACCUCGUACUGCUCAUGAUCUUCGCAGAUUCUUGGGGAUGUUGAAUUUCUAUCGGCGAUUCAUUCCUCAUGCUUCUGAGUAUGAAGCUCCGUUACAUAACGCUAUCAGCAAGCCAUUAUUGAAAGGAUCGCAAGAAAUUCAUUGGACACCGGAGCUUGAAAAAGCUUUUGAUUCAUGCAAGAAUUGCAUAGCAACUGCCACGCUNCUCUCUCUUUUUCUAAUUAUAAAACACUGGUCGUUUAACUGUUUGUAUAAUUUAACUGUUAAAUAUUCACGACGAUAUUCUUUGAGAAAAUACACGAGGUUGGCCCACGAGUAA